AUGCGCGUGUCCACUUGGAGCAGAUGUUGCGCUGUGAUGUUCCUGCUGAGCUCCGUGAAGACGCGCGCGCCGCAGCUUCCAGAGGCGCGGCCGAAGCCGAACUCCAUCAGGCCGGGGCUGCCAGAAGAAAGUGGCGCACAUCUGGCAGCUGGGAACCGAACCACUCCUGUCACCAAGAAGCGCACGAUCCUGCCACAGCAGGUGUAUCCGUGCAGUAACGACAAGGAGUGCAGCGUGGGCAGCUACUGCGACAGCCCUCAACAGGCGCCGUCUCGCUGCCGCACGUGCCGCAGGAGGAAGAAGCGCUGCCACCGGGACGCCAUGUGCUGCCCCGGGAACCACUGCAGCAACUACAUUUGUGUGUCCAUCGCUGAGAGUGUCCUCUCGCCUCACAUCUCAGCAUUAGAUGAUCCCAGAACAACCAAAGAGCAGAGCUGGAGGAGGAAAGGGAAAGCUCAAGCUAAGAUUACUCCCAAAGGUCACGAGGGCGACUCUUGCUUACGCUCAUCUGAUUGUCUGGACGGCUACUGCUGCGCUCGUCAUUUCUGGACAAAGAUCUGCAAACCGGUGCUGAGGCAGGGAGAGGUGUGCACCAAGCAGAGGAAGAAAGGCGCUCACGGCCUGGAAAUCUUCCAGCGCUGCGACUGCGCCAAGGGCCUCUCCUGCAAGGUGUGGAAAGACGCCACCUCCUCAUCCAAGUCCCGGCUGCACAUGUGCCAGAAGAUCUGAACGUCGGGGCAGCGGCCGUGGGCUCUGAACUGUCUCAUCUGCCACAGAAUUUAUUUUGUUUUUUUGGAAGAAGAAGUUGUGGCUUCAUUGAAAAGGAGUGAAAGACUACACUCCUCCAGUGGAGAACAGAUGGAAGUGGUCCAUCCC